AUGGGCAUCUGUUUAGACACUGAACAAAACAAUGAGGAGGUGGAAACGAGCAGUAGCGAGCGCAGCAGGCGCCAGAGCGAUUGGGCGGGCCGUGCCACGCCUCCCGCAGCCUCCUUCCCGAUGCAGAACUCCAGCCACGUCAAGUUCGAGCCGCCAAACGUCCCCGUGGUGUUUGUACUGGGAGGUCCGGGGAGCGGCAAGGUGACCCACUGCGACAACCUGAUGCAGGAAAGGAGGGGGCUUGUGCACAUCAACAUGACGGACCUUCUGCAGCAGUACGCUAUUGGAAACGACAUGCAAGACUUCGGCACUCUAUCCAGCAAGACCGUGACGGAGGUGCUCAUGCUGGAGAUGAAAAUGGCGCCUACUGCCAAGGCCUACCUGGUCAGCGGCUACCCGCGCUCCAUGCGGGACGUCGCCGAGUACACCGAAAAGAUACAGACAAUGACGGGCGCUGUGCUGGUGAGCUGGCGGCAGCGGGUGCUGGAGAGGCAGAUCGAGUACGGGGCCCGUCUUGGCCACGUGGUGCUCAGUCUCGCGCGGAUGGAGCUCGCCAACUUCUACCGACACGUGAUGCCCGUCGCCGACUACUUCGACCAGAGCGGGAUGCUGAUCGCCGUGAGUACC